UAGAGGACACACCUACCUCUCUCUGAUGAUCCAAUCCACGUCUCCAGACCGCGGCAGCUUGUAAUCACCACCACACUGCCACAGUAUGGAGAGACCGAGACGGGGGUUGGACACAUACUGCCUUAACGGAGCGAGCAGACCCGCUUAGUGCGCAGUGACGGAGGAAUAAAACGGCCCGAGCAAAUAGACCAAAGUUUCGUGGGACGAUUAUCUCUCAGCGCGGCUUUCUUUUUCGCUGAGCGUCACCCUGGUCCAUGGGCUCAGGUUGCACAUAGGAGUAGGCUACAGGUUUCCAAUGGACAGAUACUUGGAGACGGCUGGCGCAACAAGCAUGGGAUUAUUUUUGUAAUGUGGAUUGCUACUCCCUUGCAGGAAAAUAAAGGUCUGCUGCGGAACAAUGUGAGACGUUAUGCGUCUUGGAUUCUCGUGUUUCUGGAUAUCUUGAAAAUCAUUGGCAACAGCUGAGAAAGAAGAAGUUAUGCGCAAAGGAUUGUACCCUCCAACCCCGGGACCAACAUGGAUUUGCCAUUACAGCCCCCUGCCCCUUAUUUAGAGAAGUUUUAGCCGGUCCACUUGUGUUGUCGCUGUACUCGCCGUUGCAAACUUCAUGUUUGAGAACAAAUCGCCACAUUGGCCUCUUGGAUUUUAAAACGUCGCCUGCCUUUGGAUUGGAUUUCCAACACCAUGAACUUUAUUGACAGUUUGACACUAUUAUUUUUGACGCUGUCAGCUGUCAAGAGUGCCCACAUACCGAAGGAAACAGAAAGAGGUCCACAUGACGUGAUCCCUUUAAUGGAGGUGUACAACAAGAGUUUGUGUCAGCCUCGGGAGCUGCUGGUGGAGAUUCUGCAGGAGUAUCCGGAGGAGGUGGAGCACAUCUUCAUCCCGUCCUGCGUGGUGUUGACGCGCUGCGCCGGCUGCUGCAAUGACGAGAUGCUGCAGUGCAUGCCAACAUCCAGCUAUAACAUUACAAUGGAGAUUAAAAGAAUAAAACCCCAAAGGCAACAAAAUGAUAUUUUCAUGAGUUUUACAGAGCACAGCGCAUGCGAGUGUAGGUUAAAGACAGAAGUGAAAGAACAGAAAGAAAAAAAAUCCCGGAAAGGCAAGGGUAAAGGCCAAAAGAGAAAACGAAAGAAAAACCGUGACAAAACAAUUCAUGAUGCUGUUUGUGAGCCAUGUUGCGAUCACUGCUCAGAGAGGAGAAAGCGUUUGUUCGUGCAGGAUCCUGUAACCUGUCGGUGCUCCUGCAAACACACAGACGAAAACUGCAAAGAACGCCAGCUAGAGCUCAACGAGAGGACCUGCAAAUGUGACAAGCCAAGAAGAUGAGAGAAGUUGGAGCACCAGAUGUACAAGAUGAAGGAAUAUUCUUGAGAUAUUUCACAGCACAGCACUUUGAACCGUAAGCUCUUCUUUUCUGUGGAAAGCAUUCCCCUUGGACUGGCUGAGAGAGAACAAAAAAGAAAGACUUAAAGUUUUCCUCCCACUGUGUAUAUAGACCAUGAUAAAAGAAAAAAAGAGUACAGAAUUGUUAUGCUGCUACAGAAAUAAAUAACUAAACCCAUCAUUUGACAAAAAGCAAAUAUCUGCCAUGUGGUUUUGCAUUUCUAACAGGCUUGCAAUGCAGGUGUAGUCUUGUUGUCAAUUCAUUGUAUGCAAUUACUUCACUGGAUAUGAGUCUACUGUGGUUGUGUGUCAAUCAGACGUUGCAAAACCUCUCAAUCUAAGAUAUAUUUAACUGCUAAAACAGCGGGUGAGGCUGAAGAAGACAUGGGCGCGCCCUCCUCUCAAAAAUGAUGGAUGUAUUUUCGUCGGACGAUGUCUACUUUUGCUUUUGGACUAAAACAGGAGGACAAUGAGACGGCGGAUGGAAAUCUUGAAUCUGCGUCUUCGUGAUAUUGCUUCCUUUCCUCUGAGGACAUUGCAGGACUGACGUGGACAUGCACAAUAUUUUCACUAUUGUCAUCAGCUUGCAGGAGAAGAGACUCUGGAGUGCCAUAUACUUUUAAAGGGAUACUGGUCAUCAAUAAUAGCAUUUAAUGUUUUGUUAUGUCCUACAUGAAAACCACUGAAAACAUCCUAUACUGUUGUUUGAUUCCAUUUGAAAAACUGUGCCUCACAAAAUGUACUGAGAAAUCUUUCGAGUGCUUUUUAAAUUAUUUUUGUUUCCUUUUUCAGGAGAGGGGAUUGUCAAAGUAGUUUUGUUAGUUGUUGAACUCAAUACAGAAUCCAUUGAUUACUUAUCUUCUUCUCUGAACUUGUACAUACUUAAUAUCCCUUUAUGCCAUAGUCCAUUCUAGAUAAUUUAUAAUGUUAUAGAUUAUUUUUCAGUAUUCAGUCUUCUACCCAUAUUUAAUUUGGUCUAUUUAUAUAUGCAGUGUUAUGUACCUGUGGCUGUCCUAUCUCCCCCCCAUGUGUAAGGUCACUGAUGGCUACUCUUGGCAUGGAGACUCUCUGUGCUUUUCUACGAAACAAAAAAAACAAAACAAAAAAAAAAAAACCCCAAAAAA